GGAGAAAAGCGCACGCGCGCGCCGUCCCACGUGCCGCAGUCCUCCGAGGCGCGCAGCAGCGAAGAUGGCGGACGCAGAGACUAAGAAGAAAAGGAAGUCGAAGACGUUCUCAGAAGCAGAAAUUGGGGACAUUCAAGAAAGCGGAGACUUCCUCAUCAAACCGGAGUCGAAGGUGGCGAGCUUGGACACCUCUCAGUCGUUACUCCUGAAGAACUUCGAUAAACUGAACAUCAGGACGGCUCAUUACACUCCUCUGCCGCACGGCUCCAAUCCGCUCAAGAGGGACCUGCACGACUACGUCAGGACCGGUUUCAUUAAUUUGGACAAACCGGCGAACCCCUCUUCCCACGAGGUCGUGGCUUGGGUCAAGAGGAUUCUUCGCGUGGAGAAAACGGGCCACAGCGGCACUCUUGACCCCAAAGUCACGGGCUGCCUGAUCAUCUGUGUGGAACGAGCCACGCGGCUGGUCAAGUCUCAGCAGAGCGCAGGCAAAGAGUAUGUGGGCAUAGUACGGCUGCACAAUGCGCUAGAGAACGAGCACCAGCUAGCGAGGGCUAUAGAGUGUUUGACGGGAGCCCUGUUCCAGAGGCCUCCGCUCAUCGCCGCCGUGAAGCGCCAGCUACGAGUGCGAACCAUCUAUGAGAGCAAACUUAUCGAAUACGACCCUGAGAGACGCCUUGGUGUGUUCUGGGUGAGCUGUGAGGCGGGCACGUACAUCCGGACUCUGUGUGUUCACAUGGGUCUCCUGCUGGGUGUGGGAGGUCAGAUGCAGGAGCUGAGGAGGGUGCGCUCCGGAGUUCUGGGAGAAAAGGAUAACCUGGUUACUAUGCAUGACGUGUUGGACGCCCAAUGGCAGUUUGACAACAACAAAGACGAGUCCUACCUGAGGAGAGUGAUCUACCCUCUGGAGAAACUUCUCAUCUCGCACAAAAGGAUCGUCAUGAAGGACAGCGCCGUGAACGCUAUAUGUUACGGUGCUAAGAUCAUGCUGCCGGGCGUCCUGCGCUAUGAAGACGGGAUCGAAGUCAAUCAAGACGUAGUCAUUAUAACUACAAAGGGAGAAGCCAUUUGCACAGCGCUUGCCCUGAUGACGACAGCCGUCAUAUCCACAUGUGACCACGGCGUUGUGGCCAAAAUCAAGAGGGUCAUUAUGGAGCGAGACACGUAUCCACGCAAAUGGGGCCUGGGGCCGAAGGCCAGUCAGAAGAAAAUGAUGAUCCAAAAAGGACUGCUAGACAAACACGGCAAGCCGAACGGCAGCACCCCUGCAGACUGGAAAGAGGGCUACGUAGACUACAGCAAACCCCAGGUGAAGCCUGCCAAGGAUGCUCAGGAUGCGCCGUCAAAGAGGAAACGCGAUGAGAGCGGAAGCGAAGGUGAGGUGGUGGCUGCUGGCGCACAGGCGAAAGAAGAAAUCAAGAAGGAGAAGAAGAGGAAGAAGAAAGAGAAGAAACUGAAGCUGGCGGAGGAGGCUGAGGCUCCAGCAGAGAACGAAACCGAGGUUACAGAGAGCUCAAAGAAGAAGAAAAGAAAAAGUCUAAAGAUGCAGAGGCUGGCUCAGAAUGAACGGACUUGAUAUUGCUGCAGUAAAUGAAAGACUUGUGGAUGGAAACGGGUUCAUCUUCACCCAGCUGUCAGCGUUCAGCGUCGAAGUGAACGGCAGCUCGGAAAUCCAUCAGUUUGCAGUUAAUUUUUUUUUUUUUAAGUCUAAAUGAAACCCAUAUUGCCUGGGUUUAUUCAUGUAAGGUGUUUUUUGUUUUUGUAAAUACAGAUUGUAAUCCUGUAAUCAAAUGAAACAUGAAAUGACUUUUUACAAAAA